AUGGGUAAGAAGAAAGACCGUAGAAAAGGAGAGGCCAUAGGCGCUGAGGACAACGAAAUCGACGAUAAUAAAGACGACGUUGUUGGUGGUACUGACGUAAAAAGUAAGUCCAAGUCAAAAAAACGAUCAAAUAAACUAGAUAUGCUGAAACAGGCCAUAGAAGAGGGGGAUUCUGAUGGUGAUGAUAAUAAAGAAGCUCCGGUGGAUGAAGCAAAGCAGGAAGAAGGGAAAAAAGGAAAGAAGGGCAGGAAUAGGAAAGCCGAAGGAAAAAAUUCCGCGGAAAAAGGAACAGCAGAUUCGCAAAUGGAGAGCAAGGACAACGAAGACGAAAUGGAUGAUUUAACCGAUGAUUUCAGUAAAACUCGGUUUGACCAUAGUUCAGAAAGUGAAACAGAAAAAGAUAAGGGCGAAGAAGACGAAAAAGGUUUAUAG